AUGGCCAGCCUGGACGAGCCCAGCCGACGUGUCUGGGUGUGUGACAUUGAUGGCUGUGGCAAGACGUAUACGAAAGAAGCGCGGCUGAUUGAGCACCAGCGUGUGCAUACCGGGGAGCGUCCGUAUGUAUGUACGCAUCCUGGCUGUCAUGCCUCGUACAUGCGUGCUACGCAUCUCCAGGCACAUAUGCGCUCGCAUAUGGAUGAUACCCUCAAACCGUUUGUGUGUCCGCAUGACGGCUGCGAGAAACGGUUUUGGACGAGCCAACACUUGCAUCGACACAUUGUCUCGUGCCAUACCACAGACACGGGCGUCGCUGCGUCAGACGCGCAAGCCUUGCUAGGCGACGCCUCGACCUCGGGCUUGUACCGCUGCGAUCGACCUAGCUGCCAACUCCUCUUUUCCAAACGCAAGCACUUGCGGCAGCACAUUCGCGACGUGCAUGCGGACACCACCAAUGCGACCUUGCCCUACCCUUGCGACGUCCCAGGGUGCGACAAGCGAUUCGCGACUCAUGCGAAGCGUGAGCACCACAGGCGGGUCCACGACCAAAGUCGGUACCAAUGCUUUCUUCCUCAUCCUGCGCCGCCUCCGCCUGGGCAUCCACCGUAUACUGUGGACGCCACGCUGCCAUCGUGGACUUUUGCUACAUGGACGCAUCUGCAGCGUCACCAAACGCUAUACCAUCCGCCUACCUGCGCCCAGUGCGGCCGUGUGUUUGCGAAUCGCGAGAAUCUUCGUCGGCAUAUGCGCACCCACGACCCGUCCGCCCGAUGGGAUAGCGAAUGGGUCUGCCCUUGGAAUGGCUGCGACAAGGUCUUUCAAAGCCACUACGCCCUCAAGACGCACAUCUCGCGUGUGCACGAAAACGAGCGCCCGUUUGUCUGCGAUACGUGUGGCGAGCGGUUUGGGUACAAACACUUGCUGGCCCGCCACAUCCAGGCGCGCCAUGCAGCCGCACCUGCGCUGGCCUCACCGACAGACGAUGCGCCGUCGCCUCUCCCCCACGUCUCGCGCCUGCUUGGGAAUAGUGCUGGCCGCCAACGAUCGCGGCGCGAGCGUGUCCUGUCGUGCCCCUGGCCUUCGCUGGGCGAAGGCAACGCAGCGUGUCCUCGGCACUUUGCGCGUCUCUACGACGUACGUCGGCAUUUGCACAGCGUUCAUCACGUCGACCUGUCCGACGAGGAACUUCGUGCGGUGAUGCCUACCGACGCCCUCGUGCAGCUCCCGGCGCCUCGCGCCGCGAAGCGGAUUCGCACAGACUAA